AGAUGGGUGGUCACAUUUUAUCCCCCUAGUCUUAGGCUGCAACCUCAGUCCUCUGCUGUUCAUGUGAUUGCUGAGCUGUGCUACUUGGAAUGGAGAACCUAACUAUGGGCGCUUCCCUCAAACAGCCAAUUGUGUUUGAACUAGUGGGUUUUGAUGUUCCACCAGGACAAGGUCCACUCUUGUUCUUCUUGGCCCUGUGUGCCUACAUGGUGGUGCUACUGGGGAACGGUGUGGUGAUCUGUGUUAUUGUGAUGGACAGGAAUCUGCACAGACCCAUGUUUGUAAUGAUCUGUCACCUGGUGGUCUGUGACCUGCUGGGGGCCACAGCGGUGCUUCCUCGCCUCAUGAUGCACUUCUUAACGGGGCAGAAGAACAUCUCCUACCUCCCAGCUAUUGCUCAGGGCUUCUGUGUGCACACAUAUGGUGUUGCAAUGCAGACUAUUCUGGGAGUGAUGGCCUAUGACAGGUACAUUGCGGUGUGUGAACCUCUCAGGUAUCACUCCAUCAUGACUUCAGCCCGGCUGCACAGCUGCUGCGCUCUGGCCUGGAUGGUGGCCCUGCUGCUCAUCGCUGUGCUCUUCUCCUUCCACAUGAACGUCCCGUUGUGUGGCCGAAUUAUUCAACAUGUCUACUGCAGCAACCGGAGCAUACUCAACCUGGCUUGCGUUCCUACUCCCAUCAGUAACAUCUAUGGUCUGUCCAUGUCCUGGUCUGUGAGUACGGGGGUGUUUGUCAUCAUUGCCUUUUCCUACAUCAGAAUCCUGAGUGCUUCUUUUAAAAAGCGUCAAACCGACAGCAGUGUUCAUAAGAAGGCCUUUCAGACAUGUGCUCCCCAUCUUGUUGUGUAUGUGCUCUAUCAAAUAGCUUCAGUUAUAAUCAUUGUGAGUCUCAGAUUUCCUUCUGUCUCCCAAAACAUAAGGAAUUUCUUUAGUAUCCUGUUCAUCAUAAUUCCACCAGCGCUCAACCCCAUCAUCUACGGACUGGUCAGUAAAGACUUACGAGCCAGCAUCUUGAAUCUUUUCUCCAUACAAGUGAUGAGAGUGUGUCAUAAACAGUGAAUAAGUCACAGAUGUUUCCAAAAAGAAACAAUCCAGCAAACAAACCCUGAACAACAUGUUGGAUGUUGUUGUU